AUGUGUACCAACUCCGCCAAGGUAUGCCUCUCAUCUCUCUUCUUCCUGUUUACUAUGGCAAACGCAAAAAAUAAUGACAAUUUGACAGCUAAGGCACUUCAAUACCAUUUCCAAAGUUUGAACGAGGUAAUGGGAAGUCAAUGUCUUCCCAUUGAAGAGCCCUCAUGCCUGGGUUUGGAAUAUACGCACACCUACUUGCCAAAUAUCAUUGGGCUGACAAGUCAGGCAGAGUCAACAAAGAGGAUUCGUGAUUAUGGUCCCCUUAUUAAAAUGGGUUGUUCCACGUAUUUGGAGUUUUUCCUCUGUUCUGUCUACUUUCCCAUGUGCACAGAGAGCAUGGGUGAGCAGGUUCACCUAAGACCCUGCGCCUCUUUUUGCAUUCACGUUCGUCAGUGUUGUGCACCCCUCAUGCUGAGAUUCAACUUUCCUUGGCCAGAAGAGUUGGACUGCUCUAGACUGCCGACGGAUGAUGAAAUGUGCAUCAGGCCGCAUUCCUUCGAUUCGGACAUACAUCUGCCAAUAACUUCAGUUUCCUCCAAUGGCGAAAUAUUACGGAAUAUUGAUGGUGCCUCGGAACUUGAUCCUUCCUUUAUUGGUGAAUUCACAAGUGAAGAGAAGGAAAUCGCUAAAUACUGUCUUAUUGCCUUUACAGCUCAAAAUGCCCUAUUUUGUCUUACUUCCAUAAGUCUCUAUGUGUUUCAUAGAAGCCGUUUCGUCCAUCCGCUUCAGCCGCUGAUAUUCCUAACGAACGCAUGCAUGCUUGAAAUUAUUUCAUAUCUGCCUCAGCUACUAUUUCAAAGCAAUUCUUUCCCAACCACGGAUGCAAAUGUCACAAGCAUCUUUUGUAUGAUCCAAUUUGCUCUCGCAUAUUAUGCGCGCACUGCAAUGGGGAUCUGGUUCGUUAUAGUGUCGCUCUCAUGGUUCCUUUCAGCCUGCAAGGGCUGGGCUCCGGAAGCCAUUGGAGACCUGAACCGGUGGUUUCACGUUCUAGGCUGGGUCACGUCUCUACCACCUCCACUGUUCAUUCUGAUCUUCAGAAGAAUAGAUGUAGAUGCUCUCACAAGCUCUUGUUACAUUGGACAUUCGGAUAAAGUCGCACACCUUCUGUUUGUCAUGUUACCAGAGGGUAUUUUUCUUCUGGUAGGCGUCACGUUUUUAGCGGCAGCCCUUGUCUCGCUGGUAAGAUUUCAUUGUGAACUUAAAAGCUUGUAUCCAGCGCCAUCCACAUUGGCAAUGAAAGCAGUAAGAGCGUCUGUGAACAGAAAGCGCCUGCUAAAAGCAGUAAAAAGAGUCAUUUUAACAUUUAUGUUUGUUGCUGGACCACUUUUGUUGAGAACAAUAUGUGAUACCUGGCAAUACUUUGACAAAGCACCCAGGAGAAUGGCAGUGCGGCUUUUAAAGGCGGUCUCCAUUGAGAUAGUUGGAACUGGUACAACAAUGGUGCUGUGGUGCAACCGCAAGACCUUUCUCAUUCUUUGUCCAGCUCCUAAGACUAAAAAGCCUCUGGACGCCGAUAACUUGACGCACUUCCGGCCAAUUGCUCCUACUGGCAAAGGUUGGCGAAUUCGACAUUAA